AUGUUGUUCAGCGAUGUGGAGUACCAGACCGGGCAUGAACAGCAGAAAAGAAACGCCGAGCAAAGGCCGAAGGACUAUGUUCGAGUCAUUGGGAAGGCCGCCAAUAUUACUCUGUUGCGAUCUUGGGUCGAAACAUGUGAGAAAGAUCAUAGCGAGAAGUGUAACUCUAGCUCUCUCAUGCCGGGAAGGGGUAUAGGUGUCAAUAUCAGAUUCAUCGACGUUCAUAAAGAUUGCAUUGUCCCGGGGACCCUUGGCCACAGAUACUUCGCCUUAAGCUACGUAUGGGGAGCCGCUAAGCAAUUCAAAUUGGAAAUUUCGAACUCCCACGCGCUACAGCAGCCUGGCUCUCUAUCUCAAGUACUGUUGCCUCAAACCAUCAGAGACUCCAUGAGUCUGGUCUCUUCCCUUGAAGAGAGGUACCUUUGGGUUGACGCACUGUGUAUUGUCCAGGAUGAUGAUCAAGGGAAAGCCGUGCAAAUUGAGCAGAUGGCAUCAAUAUAUGUUUCUGCACUCGCUACUAUAGUCGCCCUUUCUGGAACGAGUGCAUCGUCCGGGCUCCCUGGAAUUCCGCCGUCACCUCGUAAUCCACAUAGUAUUCAAAUCGCACCAACCCUCCGGCUAGCACCACGAACUUCCUUCUCUGAGAUCUUCAACAGCUCUGUGUAUAGCUCUCGCGCUUGGACUUUCCAAGAACGAAUUCUCUCGCCACGCUGUCUAUUCUUCACAGCCGAGCAGGUCCACUUCCAAUGCCUUUCUGCGAGCUAUUGCGAAGACCGUUCCUUUGAUUGCAUAGAGGAUAGAGUAUCGGGCAUAAAUCCUCUCUCGGAAGCUCAGAUCUGGUCGCGCAAUCCCCGAAGUGUAAUCGAAUUGGACGGUAACAAUGGUUUCCGUUUCUACGCUCGUUUCAUUGCGGACUACUCGACAAAAAAUAUGGGCUACCUGAGCGAUGCUAUAAAUGCUAUUGCUGCCAUACUAGGCGCCUUAGAGGGUCUUUAUGGGUGGCGUUACUGGAACGGUCUUCCUAAUUCACUAAUAGACCUCGCACUGUUGUGGACGCCGAAGCAGCACGUCAUCCGCAGGGAAUUUGGCGGCAAGACAUUGUUCCCGAGUGGGUCCUGGGCCGGUUGGGUUGGUGCAGUGCAUUACGGUGACUUAGUCCAAGUCCCUCCACAGAUACCCUUAUGCAAAGCAUUCAGGUCGUGCGUUGCCGCUUUUCAUGUUUUGGACCAGACCGGUUGCCACAGCUUUGCUUCUGACUCCUUUCGGAUAGCAAGAUAUUCUACACAGUUAGUGAACGAAGCAAAUCACUGCCAAGUCACGACAGAAGUGUCUUUCCUAUUUGACGCACAGUCCCGGCGUUGCGGGAUCGCGUAUGGCAUCAUAGACUCACUAGCAGGGGUAGACCUCAUUCUUCUCUCUACUUUUUCUCGAACGUCGUCUCUAGAGACUCAUGGGCCUAUUAUAACAACGCUGAAUAUGGAAUAUAUGGCGAUUAAUGAACGAUUAUUUCACGGGGACUUUUCCGACGAAGCCUGGUGUACAUUGAAUGUGCUUCUCGUAGAAUGGAAAAGUGGCUACGCUCGUCGGGUUGGUAUUGGACAGGUGUGUCGGGAGGCGUGGGAUUCCUGUCGCAUUGUAAAGAAGGAUAUUUUGUUGGCUUAA